AAGCCAGGCCCCACGACCUUCACCCUCCCCCGCCUGCCCUCUCUCCCGGCGACCAGCACCGCCGCCGGACGCCGCCGCCUCCUCCUCCUCCCCGUCUCCCCCGCCACCCAGCUCUGCCCCGCCCCAGCGCGUCGCCACCCGGCGCCGCCCCAAACCUCACCCAGGCGGGAAGGGAGCGGCACAUCGAGCCGCAUCUCCCCCCAAACCGCGCCCGCGACGAGAGGAGCUCCUGCAUCCCGCCGGUGCCGCCUCACCCUCCCCCGGUCGCCGCCCUCCGGUGCCGCGCCAAGGAAAGGUUUAUUACCUGCAGGAAAGGUGGAAGUUUCCUAGGGCUGGAUCAAUAUUGAACCUCGUAGCUGCUAGUGCUGACGAAUAUCAGAGAAUCAUGAAAGCUCCUCAGCCGAACUGUAAACCAACUGAUACAGAAGCAAAGGUCAAACUUGGUGGUAAUAAGAUGCAUUGCCUGAAGCCAGGCAAAUAUACCCACAAAUCACCAGGCAAUGUUGGGGCUAAAUGUAGAAAAGGAGAUGGUCAAUCGUUUACAGGCAGUAAGGUUGCAUUGGAGGGUGGUAGCUUUAUGGAAGUACCAUUUAUCAAUUUAACAAACUUGUCUGCUCAACCACCAAAUUAUUCUGGAAAGAUGAAGCUUCAGUUUUUCCCAAUAGAUGAGGCGACUCAAAAGGUUCUACAGCAGGAGAAGCACAAUCCUUACCUGGAGUUGACUUUGGCUCCGCGAAAGAAGGUGUCCUCUAUUGUGCAACAUCUGAACACAAAAUGGGGUCGUUCUAGUUGUGCAAAAGGCGAUCUCAUGCUCUUCCCAUACAGUGCUACACCAGAUAGCAUAGCCAGCAGUAAAAAAUGGACUCUUCAUGAUUCUUGCACUGCUGCUGAUGUUUAUGUUGCUGUUGGCAGCCCUUCAACAUUCCGUUUAAGGUAUGGUUGGUUCAAGCCUAAUUUGAAGCAACAAAUCAGCGAAUUAUCCUUGGCACCAGUGCACUCUGCAGAAAAGACUUUGGGCGACAAACCUUCAGAUCCUUUUGAGUUUCCAAGUAAAUUUACCAGUCCAUCCGUUGAGUGUAACACAGAACAGGCUGUGGUGGAUAACCAAAGCAAAGUGACACCGCUUUCAUGGAUUGACAGCAUAUCCAAUAUCAGUUUUGGAGCACUGCUAUCGCAAGCUGUGCCCUCUCAAGACAGCAAACAACCGCCUUUGCAAAAUAGCUCGAUUUUCCAGCAGCAGAUUCCUGCCACGUGCGAUUCAUUCGAUGCUGCUAUUGCUUCCUUGAUUGCUCGCCAGCAAACAAGUAGCCAGCCGAAGGUGUCAAAUCCAUCCCCUUGGGAAGCAGAUGAAACCUGUCAUGCAUUCCCUCCUCCCCGGAAUCAAAAUUUGGCCAGGAUGCCCUCUUCUGCUCCUGGCAGCAGUAGUGCUAUUACCUCAACUAUCCUUGGUGCAAUUGCUGAAUCCGGUACAGAUGGCGACCACCAACACUGCUCUACCGAAGGCAGGAGAGAGGAACCAAGGCCCCCUCAGAUACUACCAGGCUUGGGAAAUAAUGAUAAUGUGAAUCCUGAUGUGUCGUCGAUGCCUGAAUCCACCGGCGAUGGGGCAUUUUACGACGCUAGGCUGUUGAGUGGAACUGACAGUUUAGGGCUAAGCGGCUUGUUAGCAAACAGCUUGGAUGCGGUCCCGAAGUUAUGUGUUUCGUAAGGCUCGGAAAUUUUACAUGGAAGACCUGAAGCUAUAUAUAGAUCCUGUAAAGAUAGAUCAUCAUUUGGGUUUCCUGCUGCUUCGGUCGGAAUUGAUUACUUUGGGCUUACUGAAGCCCAUUGUGUAGAUAGAUAAUCAGUUAACGACACGUGUUAGUCGCAUAAACUACUUUUUUCUUUCUUACUGGCCGCCACUUGUGAUUUUCGAACUUGUCUAUGAUCUGCUUGGCUACUCACCAUUUUCUCUGCAUCCUGUAUGCAUUCCACCGAAUGUUUGGCAAAUGUUUGAAACUUCGGCUUCAAUAUUUGUAUGUAAAA